AUGUGUAUGCCGAAGGGAAGGUACGCUGUGGUGACGUUUCUUCUGUUUACUCUGGGUCAGGGCGAUCCAUUCAGGCAUACGCAGCGAUACAAUCCCGCGAUACCGCCACUUUCGUGGCAUCUCGUGCCACCCUGGGAGUACAUGCUACGUGAGAUUAUCCUCAAAUCGGUCACCUCAUCGCCGCUGGAUGCCAAUGUAUUCUACAAGCGCCCGCUGGACGCUUCCUACUACGGCGGACCGGUCACCACGCACUCGAACGACGAUGAGAAUGUCAUUCUGUCACGUGGAAACGUUUAUCGUCUGCUAAAUGGCCACUGGAUGCUAUGUCAAGACGGUUGCAUCGACUGCGAGCCGUGCGCAAUUCAAAGGAAUCCCUUAUUCGCGUGGAUUCUGCGGAGGAUCAAGCAACCGCUAAAUUCCGACUCGACGCGACAUGAUCUCCAGCUGACGAUAAUGCCGCAAACGAGCGAUCACUUCCACGCCAGCAAUCUCGGGUCGAAUUACUACGUUUACGUGACGCCACGGAGAGAACGAAGGCCGAUCUUGGCGAUUAGAACGAAGCACGACAGAGAUCUGGAAAAUCCUCCGCUUGGUCCCGAAAACAGUUUUUCCGAACACCAUCAUCAAUCGAAGUAUCUCUGGACUCGAGGACUCGAACAAGACUCGAGUGCCAGCCGGGACGGAACACCACAAGAGGAUAACCGAGCGACCGUUCAGGAGACCGUGAAUAUCGAGACGACCGAGAAAGAGAAAUCGGCCGAGUGGAAGCAAGGACUCGGGAAUAUGAGACCUCGACAUCGACCCCGGUCGGGACCCGCGGAAAAACCCGCGGAAGAAGCGAAUCAAUUGGCACCGAGCUUGAUCCUGGGAACCGAUCAAAAAGGUCAGAAGCAUUUGGUUCACGUGGUGCCGGCGGAUUAUCCGACGACCACUGCGUUUCCCACGAUUUCUCUCCUUCCGGAUCACCGGACAUCGCCGCAGUUCGCGGAGGGUCAAGCGACACAUUCAAACAAUACGAUCCCCAAACGUGAGAGGCAAACUUCUCAACACAUAUUUCGAAGAAUUUUUGACUCCUUGAACACGCACAGGCGAACGAUCGAAAAUUUCCUCGAGACGCCGAUGGACAACAUGGAUGAGCAUCGAUUAUCUCCUUCAAUCGACAAUAUGGAAGCCGCUGAAUUUUCUUGGAAUAAUCGCGACGUAAAUCGUAAAAUUGCUAAUUUGGAUUCGCUGCAUCUUAAUGAUGCGCUACUGUCGCCUUUUACGGGAAAUAAAGAUAGAAUAGAGAAUUAUCAGCAAGAUAGAAACAGAUAUGGUUACGAACGUACGAAGCAGGACAAUGAUUAUUACACGACAUAUCGAAAUAUAAAUCAAGCUGAAAUGUCGCGUAACCAGUCGCAAACGAGUUUUAAUUGGGACAUGGACAGACAACGGCGAAGAGUAUAUAUCAAGCCGUAUUUUAUUAAUAGCAGAGAUACUUCAAAAAUAAAUUCAUCACUAUCGUUACAGAGUACAGAUAAUUAUUCGGUUAAUGCUAUUCAUAAAUCUUUUGUUAUAAAUCCCGCGAAACAAAUUGAUCUUAAUCACUCAUUUAUUGAUAGAGCAAAUAACAAUUCCAUGAAAUCGAGUACAAUAGCAACAAAACACGAGAGCGGACAAUUGUUCGGUUCAGAAAGGCAGGGAAGUGGCGAUGUUAAUCGAGAAUUCGAGGCUUCGCACCAUGCUUUCAAGGUAAUUGUUACUACUGAGUCGCCGGUAAUUCGAAGCGAGCACGAAACUUUAAAUCGCACUACAGUAUUACAAAUAACUACUUCGAAGACAUUCGCAAAUAGUUCGUAAUCAGUAGUCAGAAAGAAAGACUAAUGGCUAUAGAAAUGGAAGUUAUAUACACACACACAUAUAUAUAACUGUAAUUAUCUUAAUUAUACGUUUAUGUAACAGUAGAGUAGUUUGCACGCUUUACUGAUAAUAUACGACAUUAAAAUAUAUCACAUUUAUAUCC